GGCAACAGAGGUCGCUGUGGGUAAACCGACACUUCGAAAAAGUGCUGCUCUUCCGGCCUCGCUAGUCCUCCGAAGAGAGCCGUUCCGCCGCGGCCUCGCGUGUUCGAGGCGUGUUGGUUGCCGUGGAGUACAGAGCGCCCAGUGGUGGGGUCCCCCCUCCGACACCAUGAAGCCGAGAAAAAAUACCAAACAGGCUCCAAGCUUCCGAAAAUUGUUAAAAACAAGUAAGAUAAAACUUGAAAACAAGUUAAAAAACAAACAGUUCAAGCAGCAGAGUACUACUAAGAAAUACCGGAAAGAGCAGAGGAAGCUCCGGCAAGCUGUCAGAGAUGUUGUAUCCAGGACACCAGUGCCUUUGGAGGAUUAUAGGAAAAAGUAUCCAGAAAGGGAGGAAGAGGAGGAGGAAGCUCUCCCCCUUGACAUGAUGGAUGAAGAUGACCUGAAAUUAAUGGAAGAUCUGGCUCAGAAGGCAUCUUUUAUAACACGAGAUCUGUCUUCCAGUGAACCUGUUCAUGCCAAGAAACGUAAAAAUGAGAGUGUGAUUGAGAAAUAUGAGAAGAUGCCAAGGCGCAUGCAGGCAGAACCUGAAAAAGAACUUAUCCAUCUGCUUCCCAUUAAAGAUAAAUGUAGAAUUAUUCCACAAACCAUGGAAAAACCAGUUGUCAAGAUUGAAGAGGAGGAUGAAGAGAAGGACGUAGAAGAAGAAAUGGAAGUGGCACAAGCCCCUGAAGAACCCUUACCUGUGCUCACUCCUGAAGAACUGUUAGUUCAGAGGAAAAAGAAAUUGCAAGAUAAGAAGAUACACAUCGCUGUUUUGGCGUCCACCAUCCUGUCUGAUCCAGAAAACAAUAUAAAGAAGCUGAAAGAGUUGCGUGCAAUGCUGAUGGAACAGGAUCCCAAUGUGGCUGUGAUUGUACAGAAGCUGGUGAUGAUUUCUUUAAUGGAGAUAUUUAAAGACAUUACUCCAUCUUACAAAAUCAGACCUUUAACUGAAACGGAAAAAAACACAAAGGUUAGAAAAGAAACUCAGAAAUUAAGAGAAUUUGAGGAAGGCCUUGUGAGCCAAUACAAGUUUUACUUAGAAAAUCUGGAGCAGACUGUGAAAGAUUGGAAGCAAAGGAAGCUGAAGAAAAGCAAUGUGAUUUCACUCAAGGCGUACAAAGGCCUUGCAGAGAUUGCUGUGAAAUGCUUGUGUGAGCUGUUGGUGGCCUUGCCUCACUUCAACUUCCACAAUAACAUCAUUGUACUGAUUGUACCACUCAUGGAUAGCCCUUCAAAGCAGAUUUCAGAAAUGUGCUGUGAUGCAGUCAAAAACCUCUUCAAACAAGAUAAGCUUGGUUUUGCCUCGCUUGGUGUGGUGAAAGUAGUUUCUGGGCUUGUGAAAAGUCGGAAUUAUGAUGUUAGACCUGAGGUGUUAAUGACGCUCCUUCACCUCAGAAUUAAAGAAGUGGAAGUAAAAAAAGAUGCAGAAGACAUUGCACCAAAGAAGAAGUUCAUGUCUUAUAAAGAAAAAAGGAAAAAUCUGUCAAGGAUGCAAAGAAAGUGGAAGAAAGCAGAAGAGAAACUGGAGCGAGAACUCUUAGAAACAGAAGCCUCUGAGAGUGCUGAGAGAAAACUUAAACUGCACACCGAAACCCUGAAUAUUGUAUUUUUGACUUACUUUCGGAUACUGAAGAAAGCACAGAAGUCACCUCUUUUGCCUGCUGUGCUGGAAGGUCUUGCAAAAUUUGCCCACCUCAUAAAUCUGGAAUUUUUUGAUGACCUUUUGCUCGUUCUCCACUCUCUUAUUGAAUCGGGGGUGUUGAGCCACAGAGAGAGCCUGCACUGUAUUCUUUCUGCUUUUCAUAUUUUGUCUGGUCAAGGUGAUGUCCUUAAUGUUGACCCUUUGAAGUUCUAUACACAUCUUUACAAGACACUGUUUAAGCUACAUGCAGGUGCUACCAAUGGAGAUGUGGCAAUCGUGCUGCAGUGCCUGGAAGUGAUGCUCACCAAGCGCAGGAAGCAGGUGUCGCAGCAAAGGGCCCUGGCUUUCAUCAAGCGCCUCUCCACACUUGCGCUCCACGUCCUUCCAAAUUCCAGCAUUGGGAUUUUGGCAACUAACAGAACACUAAUGCAUACUUUCCCGAAGACAGACCUUUUGCUAGACAACGAAUCUCAAGGAAGUGGACUUUACCUUCCUGAGCUGGAAGAACCAGAGUACUGUAAUGCUCAGAAUACAGCACUAUGGGAAUUGCAAACUCUGCGGAGACACUAUCAUCCAGUAGUUCAGAAAUUUGCAGCUCAUCUUAUUGCUGGUGCUCCAGCAGAAGGAUCAGAAGCUCUUAGGCCUGAAUUGAGCCGGAGGUUGCCUGCGGACCUUUUUGAGACCUACAGUAUGAAAGGAAUGACUUUUAACCCUUCUGUUGCAUCAGUUGCACCCAGGAAAAAGGGUACUUAUUUACAAGUCGAGUCAUUUCUGAAUGAAGACUUGAAGACGCUGUUUCAGACUCAUCUUGAAAAUGCAGCUAUUGAGGGGACUCUGGAUUUUUCGAAAUACUUAAAGGCCCAGCCUGUUUCAUAAGUAUAUUUCAGACCAGGGCAAUCUAUUUAAAAUAACCAAAUGCACAAAAGAACCAGUGACCUGUUUUUAAAAGAAUUCAUAUAAAAUCUUUAUUACUGAUAAUAAAAUGUUGGGGAAUGAAGAAGCAUGUAAAGUAGUUGCACAGCAAGUUUUGCAUUUCCCAGAACCCUUGGAGUGAAUAGACCAUAUUGAGACUGUUCUUCAAGAAUUCAGGAACCGUGGCUGACUCACUUCCAUAUUGAUUCACCAAGGGACUCCGUUGAAGUUGUACUGGCUUGGAAGCUAUUCAAGUGUAAAGUCCUUUGAGCGUAUGUAUAAUAUUGUACAAUAUCCUCAUUGUUAGCCAGUGAUUUUUCUAAAUAUAAAAACGUGGGCUGGUUCCUUAAAAAAGUGUUUUACUUGUUUUAAAAAAUACACUUCUAUAGCUUUUCUAAAAAUAUAA